AUGGGGAUAUGCAUUACUGCAAUCAAGAAAGUUUGCAGGAAGCUUGGUAUCCACAAAUGGCCUUACAGGGACCUAAAAGAGCGAAAAAAUGCGGCAGGAAAAUCACUAUCGGAAGGAGGUCCAAGUGUUCCUUUGGAGACAUUGAGUGAAGCAAGCGAGUACGCAAGGCUUCGAGGAGGAGCUGCCGGGGAAGAAUCAGACUCAAAGGAUUCCGAUCCUCAAGAAGCUCAAAGUGACCAGGACAGCAAGUUGAAUACGUUGUGCAUCGCAGCCUUGGAACUGUCGCAAUCGGAUACCAAACAGGGAGGGCAGCGAAGAGUCGUGAAAUCUGAAAGAUCACAGGGAAAGAGCAACUUCAAGCAGACUGUCGCCAACACUCAACGCCACCGCGAAACCUCGGGCAAAGCCAGUGCAGGCGAUGAUCGUGCGAAUGAGGGAAGCAGCAGCAGCAGCAGGAAUGUCGCUAUUGCAUCUUCAGACAGAAACUCUGAGAGGAUUGAGGUUUCAAAACUUCUUGGAUGA